AUGCGUCAGGCUUCCGGACGCAUGCUGCUGCGCAGCUCGCCAAGGACGCUUGCAGUCCGCCCAGCAGUCGUGCCCCUCGCGUCCUCGUCGCGCUUCCCGAUGGUGGCCGCGGCUCCUUCCGGCGCUCGUCCGUUCUUCUCCUUGUUCGGCAAGAAGAAGAAGGCCAGCUCCAAGUUUGACAAGGUGGCCGAGCCUGAGCCUAUUCUCUCCCAGGACGAUCUUUUCCACCUUCUGUCCAAGUCGCCCUUCCCAGCUCUCCGUGAAAAGGGACAGCGUAUCCGCACCUACGCCGUUUGCCCCGUUUCUUAUGAGAAGCACCACGAGACCGUGGCGGUCAAGUAUGAGUGCCCCGACUGUGGUUUCCCCACGCAUGCCAGCAAGGAGCGCUGGCAGGAGGGAAAGCAGGAGCACUCCGAGUCGUGCCCCCGUCUCCGCGAGGUUAACGAGGACGAGCAUGACAUCCGCAGCGGUCGUCGUAUCACCGAGUUCGAGAACAUGCCUGGUAACCAGCCCUAUGAGCAGGCUGUCUCCAUGGUGUCAUGGGACUCGUUCUUCUUUACUCGUGGUUUCUCGUCGAUCAACUCGCCGCGCGCCAUCCGUCAGGUGUCCAAAGCCAUGACCUACCCUAUCAGUGUGCUUAGCGUAAUCCACCAGAAUGGACCUUUCAACGCUUCCAACGGCCGUAUCACUACCGAGGGAAGGCGAUCGAUGGCUGCCAUGCACUCCGUUCUCCACCCUCCCCCCGGUACCACCAUUGUGACCGCCGCCGACAUUCGCCCCAUGCCUCCCUUCCGCAUCUUCUUGCUUGGCGCCCGUGCCGAGUCCACCCUCCCUGCGGCUCUCUGGUUGCAGCUUACCCACCUCUUCCCCAACACCCAGUUCAACAUUUACUUUAUCGGCCCCGAGGCCGGUGUCCCCAUCGUUGACGGUCCCAAGCGCGGCGAGGCCAAGAUGCAGCCCGAGUCCGAGUACGGUGCCCCAGCCUGCAAGGUCAUGGUCACCCCCCAGCUCAAGCUGGUCUCGAUCCAGUCGGCGUACGAGAACGUCCACGAGCAGUUUGGUCCCUUUGACCCUUACCAGGACGUCUUCUUUGCCUUCUCGCCCGGACUCGGCUUCCCGGACCAGUCGCUCGUGGACCCGUCCAAGCCCGCCAGCGGCCCACCACUUGUCCAGGCCCAGACCUCGUGGCGCAAGGCUCUUGAGCAGAUCCUCACCACAAAGUGUGGUCUCUUCUUCACCGCCUUCUCGCCCACCGACCUCUCACGCGACGUCUCGGCUCUGUUCGGUACCCAGCCACCCAUCACUAGCCCCGACGCUCCCAGCGAGUACCCUUCAUCGGUCAACCUCCCAACGCAGGCCAUCCCUCCCAUCGAGGGUGUCUCGGACGAGUUUGAGCUUAUUCUCACUCCCGGUGUUAACCCCUUCGCCUCGCGCAAGUGGGAGAUUGCCGAGUGGGACACUCGUGUUGGUGUUAAGACCAACUGGGGUAUCUGGGGUAUCCGCGGCAAGCGUUACGAGGUCACUCACAACGCUGAGGAGGAGGAGGAGAUCGACGAGUAG